AUGCUGCGGCUGUCGCGAGCCAGCGGCCGCCCAGGGCUUCUGGGCGUCUUUGUCGCGGCCAAGAAGUCUGGGCAGCAGCGACUCGUCUUCGACACGCGCGUCUGCAACGCACGCUUCAGUCCGCCCUUCUGCACCGAGCUCCCCAGCGCCAGCGCUUUCUCGCGCAUGGGGACACAGGGAUGUGGCGACACGUGGUUCAGUAGUGGCGACAUCUCGAACGCGUUCUACGCCAUGCAGGUCCCGGUAGGCCUCUGCGAGUUCUUCGCCCUGCCGCCUGUGCGGGCUGGGCAUGCUGGCGUGUCUCAGCUUGAUGACGCCCCUGUGCACGAAUCGGAGCUGCUGCCGCCAGAGCUCACCAUCUUGCCCAUGGGUUGGUCGUGGGCCUUCCACCUCUGCCAGUGCGUCUCGGGGGCCGUCCUCGCGCGCGCCUGCAUGGCGCCCGAGCAGCAGGUCCGCGACCGCAGCUUGGGCGUCAGGCUUGGGCCACGGCUUCCCGCCGCCGGGGCCGCCUACGUGGACAAGUACCUGGUGGCUGGCUGCCAGCGCGCUAGGGUGCAGGCCGUGGCGCAGAAGGUCGAGCGCGAGCUUUCCUCUGUUGGCUUCGUCUCGCACGAGCAGGUCAGCGCCGCUCGCCAGGCCAGCUUCGCCGGCCUCGACCUCGACGGGCACGAGCGCUCGGUGCGGGAGUCCUUGCGGCGCCCGCUCCUCGAGAUCAUCCUGGGGCACUGCAACUGGGUCACGCUGCUCAAGAGGUGCUCGCUGGCCAUUUUAGACGCCGUCUACCCGUUCACUCAGGCGGCGAAAGACAAGACCCUGCCGCUCUGGCCGUCGGUCCGCCGCGAGCUCUGGCCCGCGCGCUCGCUGCUCCUGCUUUUCGUCUGCUUCGCGGACGCGGAGUGGCAUCCCGAGGUCGCCAAGGACUGGAACAGGUCCUUCGGCGAGGUCGACCCGAACCUGCUGGUCGGCGAUGGCUGGGCUGUCACGCCGUCGUUCCCGCGGCGCGAUGCCUGCGACAUAUGCCGCGCCGAGGGCAUUGCGCUGGGCUCCGCGCUCUGGCACCAGCUCCGCGUGUCCGAUGCCUUCGGCCGGCGGAUGGUCUGCCUUAUCGACAACAUGUCUUUGUCGCUCGCCAUCGGCAAAGGCCGCGGUGGCUCGGCGCAGCAGCGCAGCGUCCUCCGGGAGAUCUGCGCCAUCUCACUCGCCUGCAGGCUGCGCGUCGUUGCCAGGUGGGCCCCCAGCGAGCUCGAACCGCCCGGCGGCCCAUCGCGCGGGCUACCGUGUAUCAAGCGCGUGGACCUUUAUGUGGCCGCUGGCCAUGCCUGCGGCGGCGGCUGCCCGCCCGCGCGCGGCGCCGCGGGGGGUCUGCAGCUGGGCAUCACUUACUUCGAGCAGAUGUCGAUCGGCAAAGGCACGCUCCUGGACCACCAGUGGAAGGUCAGCAGCUUCGUGAAGUGCUGCUUGGACCUCCGCCAGGACUGGAGCAGCUGGGCCCAGCUGGACUUGGCCGUCGUCGCCUGCGUCGACUACUUGUAUUUCCACGGCCGCAGCGGGGGCGACGCGUCGCUGCUCCUAGCGGCCUUCAAUUUCUGCCUACCGCCGAUCGGCCGCUGGGGCGGCCUGAUGCUCUGCCAGGCGCCGAGCAGCCUGGCGGGCCGGGGCAAGUGCGCCCCGCGGCGCAUGCGGAUGCCAAUCCCCUGGCUCGCGGUUGGUGCCAUAGCGGGUGUCGGGCUGACGCAAUGGCAGUUCGAGCAGACCAUCGCAAUGAUCCUCAGCGUCGCAUGCUUCUUCCGAUCGUCCGAGUGCGACCUGCUGACGGCGGCGCAGGUCGCCCUCCCCGUCGGGGAGGGCGGCGGGGCCUUGGGCGUCGCCGCGCUGCUCCUCUACCCGAACGAGCUGGGGCACAAGGGCAGGACGGGCCUCUGGGACUUCGCCGUCGGCCCCGUUACUUGCGCUUUCCUGGCCUCGGCGCUCCUGGGUCUGAAGCAGCGGGCCUCGACGCCGUCCGCGCGCCCGCGGAUAUUUCCGCCGGGGGCGCCGCCUGUGCAGCAGUGCGGCGGCUGGACGUCCGACAACAGCUUCCGCCGCUACGUCGAGCAGGCCCAUAUCAUCGCCAAGCUGCAGCGAGCAGGCACCCGCGCCAUCGACCACGGCCGCCAACUGGACGGGCAGCCCCCGACCACCUUCCUGAGCGGCGCCGUGGCCGUUGCGUCUGCCCGCCUCACGUCGACCGUCAUGCUCUGGGGCCUCUUCGAGCUGCUCCGCCCCGGCGCUCUCGCCACGGUGGUGCUCACCACAGCGGGGCAUGCAGCCGCGGCGGGGAGGAUGCCCACAGCGUCUUUGGUAGCCGUCACCUCGAGCUUCCCAUUGCCCGUCAUGGCAUUCAGCGCCUUGCGGCUGGGCGGCGCUCGGACGCGCUGUGGGCUGGGGGCCGAGUACAUCGCGGACCAUGGCAGAGCCAAGCGCGCGAAGACUGACCCCGACACUGCCCGCCAGGCUGCAACGCUGGGCGUGCCCUUGUUUGACGAGGACCGGGACAUCCGUGAGUACUUCGCCACCUUCGGGGCCAUCAAGGAGGCCUUCGUGUCCCUGGAAAAGGACACGACCAUAUCUCGGUGCUUCGCUUCCCUGCGUUUCUUCGACGACGCGGCAGCAGAGAAGGUGCUGGCGGGCAAGCACGAGAUCUGGGGGCACGAGAUCACCCUGAGCGAGGAGCCGCCGAACGCCGAGGAGCGCCCCGAGUUCCACGGGCCCGCCACGUCCGCCGAGCCGGAGGAGGCCUUCUCGGGGGACCCAGUGCUGUUCUACGCCAUGGGCCUGACGGAGGGGCUGGUCGAGGGGCUGGGCGUGGGGCGGGCCGUCGGCGGGGGCGGCCACAGCGGCCGAGGUUAG